UGCUAAUUCCUCCCCACAUUAUAAUAAUGGCAUGUUGGUCUGUCACAGCUAUCACGUUAUUGUCACCAGAUGAAGAUCACUUCUGACUACUUGUGAUAGUUGCAUUACGACACGUCAGAGCGUAAACAAUGUGCCAGAGGAGUCUUCAAAUGUUCAGCUGUUGUCUUCAGAGAGAAGUUGACGCGGUGAGAUGAAAUCUGAUUGGAAUGAAAACAUUUGCCACUUUUUAUGUGUAACUGUUGUUUCUUUGCUUUUAGCGCUGCAGAAGAUAAACCAGGAUGGUAACACACGGUUGGUAACCAGCUUCAGUUCAACAACGGCCGCCAUCGCUCCACGCUCUUCUCCUGAACAUUGACGACCAGUCCUCAGCCAUGUCUAACCUAAACAGUGCGCUUUGCAUUGAGAACAUCCAGAACGCAGAAGUGGCUCUCUUACAUAAGGAUAAUCUGUCCGAUGGUGGAUUAAGCCAACUUUUGGAAUAUAACGCAGAAAUGGAAAGGUACCGGUCUUUUGCAAACUUUUAUAAAGCCAACGGGGCAUUUCCACAGACUGCCAAGAUUGCCCGCAUCACAACGCCCAUUUUUCCCAGUGCUAGAAUUGGCAUGUCCCCUUGGAACUGCGAUAACGCCAUGCUCUGGGGAAGGAAAUCAGCAGCAAUAAACCCUAAUAGGACCAGCAUGCAUAGAAAUGACUCCCAGAGGCAUGGGAAGCCUGGCGUGCUGCCAGAGACGCUGCAAAUGGCAAAUAAUAAUUUCCUCUCUACCUUAUCCCCCGAACACUGCAGACCUUUAGCAGGAGAAUGCAUGAACAAGCUGAAAUGCGGCGCUGCUGAAGCAGAGAUAAUGAAUCUCCAAGAACGCGUUGGAACUUUUUCCGCUAUUCCGGCUUUAGGGGGCAUCUCAUUACCUCCCGGGGUCAUCGUCAUGACAGCCCUUCACUCCCCCGCAGCCUCAGCAGCCGUUACAGACAGUGCGUUUCAAAUUGCCAAUCUGGCAGACUGCCCACAGAAUAAUUCCUCGGCAUCCAGUGGAAACCCAGCGAAGAAGAAAAGGAAAAGGUGUGGGGUCUGUGCGCCCUGCAGGCGUCUAAUCAACUGUGGUGUCUGCAGCAGUUGUCGGAACCGCAAAACGGGCCACCAGAUCUGCAAGUUCAGGAAAUGCGACGAGCUGAAAAAGAAGCCGGGCUCAUCGCUGGAGACUGACCCCAGCCUCCUGCCCAAUGUCAGCUGUGACCACCAUGACCCUUAA